AUGCGCCACGAUCUAGUGCUAGAAAUCGUCAAGGCUUGUGAACGCACGGUCGAACUUCAGGCUUCCGCAGCGCUCUGUAAUCGUCGCCGGACGGUGGCGUUACACUUACGAUACUACAUGCAAGUCCGUUCUUCGCAUAGAAAUCCAUUGGAUCUUCUUGAAAUCCUUGUAGGCAAGACGCCACUCCCUACCAACCACCCACUACGCGACUCGACCCCGCCUCGACCUCGCCGCUCCACGGCCGCGUACGAGUCCUCAAAUGAACUUGAGGCUUCUUCGACGUCGAUGUGGCGGGCCACGAUAAUUAAUAUUAUUAUUAAUAAAGCCUCGCUCUAG